GGUGUGACAACUCUGUGCGGCCUACGUGAGAACAACAACUAGUCAUCAACAAAAACUAAUAUCCGCAAGAACUAAUCAAAAAUUACGAAAUUAAAAUGAAAAUAUCCGUUUUUGGGGAGCUUAACACUUUCGAGCUGUUUGUCCUGUCCACUGUGAUACCGGCGGUGUUCGUUUACCUGUGGACUCUGAUAUCUGGCGAUAUGAGGAAUUUCAAGGGCAGCAAAUUGGCAUACUCAGUUUAUACGGCCAAGGAUCCCAUUAAUUGCUAUCAAGACUACGAACCGGAGAAGCAAAAGGAUACGUAGACUAUGUGCCCGGUUGGGUUACCAGGAACCAACAUCUUUUAUACUUGUAUAUAUUUAUGAGAAUUGUGUGAUGAUCAAAAGAGGGUUCUUGGAAAAGGACAAUAAACCUUUGUGGGCUGCAUUUAA